AAACUUCUGUUCUGAGAAAUGUGUUGCCAUGCCUCGCUUGCGUUUAACCAUCCAGAGUUAAAACUGGAAAAGAAUACACAUUAUGGCGAUUCUCCAUUCAUCAUGUUGCAUUACCAGCGGUGGCUGAGCUGAAGUUUCCUGUAUCCUAGGGAGAGUAUGUAUAAAAGGAAUGGCCUCAUGGCCAACGUGACAGUGACUUCCCCCACUCCAGAGGGCAGUAGCAGUUCUGACUCACUAGAAGGACGGAGUUCAGAUUAUGCCCAUAAAAGCUAUGAUGCAGUUGUGUUUGACGUAUUGAAAGUAACACCGGAGGAGUUUGCAAGUCAGAUUACGUUAAUGGAUAUGCCAGUAUUUAAAGCUAUACAGCCAGAGGAAUUAGCAAGUUGUGGAUGGAAUAAGAAAGAGAAACACAUCCUUGCCCCUAAUAUUGUUGCCUUUACAAGGAGAUUUAAUCAGGUCAGUUUCUGGGUGGUACGAGAAAUUUUAACAGCACAGACGUUAAAAAUAAGGGCAGAAAUAUUGAGCCAUUUUGUGAAAAUAGCAAAGAAACUUCUAGAACUGAACAAUCUUCAUUCCCUCAUGUCUGUGGUAUCAGCCCUGCAAAGCGCACCUAUUUUCAGGCUGACAAAAACCUGGGCACUUCUGAAUCGCAAAGACAAGACCACCUUUGAGAAGCUGGACUACUUAAUGUCUAAGGAAGAUAAUUAUAAGAGGAUGCGGGAUUACAUCAGAUGCUUAAAGAUGGUCCCCUGUAUUCCUUAUUUAGGGAUUUAUCUGUUGGAUUUAAUCUACAUUGAUUCAGCAUAUCCUGCUUCAGGCAGCAUCAUGGAGAAUGAACAAAGAUCCAAUCAAAUGAACAAUAUCCUCCGAAUAAUUGCUGAUUUGCAAGUCUCCUGUAGCUACGAUCACCUUAUAACACUACCCCAUGUGCAAAAAUACUUAAAAUCUGUCCGGUACAUUGAAGAGCUUCAAAAAUUUGUAGAAGAUGACAACUACAAGUUGUCCUUACGCAUUGAACCAGGAAACAGCUCUCCACGAUUGGUAUCUUCAAAGGAAGAUCUUGCAGGUCCAUCAGAGGUGUCAGCAUCUGUGAGGUUCAGCAGGAGACCAACCUGUCCUGAUGCCUCGGUGGCAGCCAGCCUGCCAACUCCUCCUGUACCACGACACAGGAAGAGUCACAGCCUGGGAAACAAUAUGAUGUGUCAGUUAAGUGUAGUUGAAAGUAAAAGUGCAACGUUCCCAACAGAGAAGCCACGCCACCUGCUGGAUGACAGUGUGCUAGAAUCCCACAGUCCUGUCAGAAACCACACACUAAGCUCUGUUUUCACCAAUGGUAUUUCUAUAGGAAGCAGUGAAAGCUCAGAAUUUAGUGAGGAGCCUUCUUCAGGGCUUGAGAGGGGUCGGUUGUAUGCCACGCUGGGGCCCAACUGGCGGGUACCAAUUCGGAAUUCUCCCAGAAGUCGAAGCUGUGUCUACAGUCCAACAGGGGCUUGUAGCUGCACAUCAGGGAGUUCCAUGGGAGUUGUUACCAUGGAAGGGCCUUUAAGAAGGAAGACAUUACUAAAGGAAGGCAGGAAGCCUACGCUUUCCUCGUGGACUAGAUAUUGGGUGGCCCUUUCAGGAUCUACUCUGAUCUACUUUGGAGCAAAGUCUUUAAGAGGCACUGAAAGAAAGCACUAUAAAUCUACUCCAGGGAAAAGGGUUUCCGUUGUAGGAUGGAUGGUAGCACUGCCUGAUGAUCCUGAACACCCUGAUAUUUUUCAGAUAAAUAAUCCUGAUAAAGGCAAUGUUUACAAGUUUCAGACUGGUUCGAGGUUUCAUGCAAUACUGUGGCACAAGCAUUUGGACGACGCAUGCAAAAGCAGCAGGCCUCAGGUACCUGCAAACCUUAUGUCAUUCGAGUAA